UAGUCUGUUCAAAAUGUCACCGUACCGUUCAAAAGAGGCACAUGUAGUAGUAGGUUCAAGCUUGUAAACAUAAACAUAAACACACGGUACACUUGCAGUAGUUUAUAUAGGCUCUGUGAUUCUGCAUGAAGCGUAAGACUGCUUUGUUAAAUGAGUUCGUUUACUACCAGUGUUGGUUAUUUGUUUUUGCGUUCAGUAUCAAGAAGAUUAAACCUGUCAUAUUGCAAGAGACAAUGUCUCCGAAUGACAACACGUCUGUAUGCUUUGCUGGAAAGGCUGAUCUGAGGAAACUAAAAAGGCUAGAGAAGCACUUUGAGAGAAAGCUGCAUUCAGUUUAUGAGCAGUUUGCUGAUGUGCCAGACAGCACUGUGUUCCAGGGACUCCAUCAUGUGUAUACUGUGGAAGAGCAUGGAGUAUACAGAGCAGCACGUGGAGAAGAUGAGCAGCACAUUGUACCAGUGCUCAGUGCUGACUGGACAGGUGAUGUGGACGGGACUAUUCAGAGGGUCAGACUCUCUCCUUCUGAGUCCAUGCUGGCGGCUACACUGAAGAGCAACAACAGUGAGGCAGCUAGAUGUCUGCUAGUACGAUUAAAACCCUAUACUAUUCCCCAGGAGCCCAUGCUCAUCCUUGACAAUGUGUUCAGCUUUGAGUGGGCCACUGAUGAUGUGCUGUACUACACCAUUCAAGAAGGGCUGCGGUGCAGACGUGUUUGUCAACUUCACCUUACAAACACUGGAGCGCGCAGUACGCUGGUUUAUGAAGAAGAAGAUCCUGAGUUCUUCGUGGAGGUUAUUCGGUCAAGAGACCAGAGGCUCCUGACUAUAAACUGCAGCAGUAAAAGCAGCUCUGAGGUCUGGAUGAUUGACAGCAGGUCUCCUCUCUCACCCCCUAAACUAGUACAGCCUCGGCAGAAUGGUUUGCUGUAUCAUGUAGAGCACUCUGACAACCAGCUGUACAUCCUCGCCAACACAGGCCCAGGCCACGAGUACGAGCUGCUGAGGACCCCUCUCUCCUCUCCAGCCAUGUGCUAUUGGGAGCCUGUGUUCAGCCCUGGACCUGGAGCAGUCAUUAAAGACAUGGAGAUGUUACCAGACCACUGUGUGUUCACAAUGAGGGGGCCUCAGGGUCGACCCCAUCUGCAGAUCUUUCCAUUAAAAACUCCUCGUGAUGUGGCCAUUCACCAUCUACCGUCCUGGGCCUGUGCUGUAGAGACAGAACGUUCUGACACAUUGAAGAGAAAUGUAUUCCACUUCCUCCUGUCCUCCCCGGUUCAUCCCCCUGCCCGCUACCUCUUAUCUCCUACGGAUGAGCGACCCCUCUCCUGCGAGCAAGCGCUUCAACACACCACCCUCUCGGAGUGUUACACCACUCACCUGCAGGCCAUCAGCCAGGAUGGGACUGAGGUGCCUUUGACACUUUUUCACACAAAAUCAUUGGCUGAUCUGAGUGAUGUUCCACUCUUGCUCCAUGUAUAUGGUGCUUACGGCCUGGACCUCAACAUGGCCUUCAGUCCUGAGAACAGACUGCUGCUGGAGGACAACUGGGCUUUGGCCUACUGCCAUGUCAGGGGUGGUGGUGAGUGUGGUCUGGCCUGGCACCGAGCAGGGUGUUUGCAGCACAAGCAGAAUGGAGUGGAGGAUCUCACUGCCUGUAUUCAGACUCUCUUCCAGUCAGGAGUGUCCCAGCCUGCGCUAACUGCCCUCACUGCACGCAGUGCAGGAGCUGUCCUAGCAGGUGCACUGUGCAACCAACAUCCGCACCUCCUCAGAGCCGUCCUCCUGCAGGCACCUUUUUUGGAUGUUCUUAGCACCAUGCAGGACUCGUCCCUGCCAUUAACAGUAGAGGAGAGAGGGGAGUGGGGUGACCCGCUUGCAUACACCCAGGACUGGAACAACAUUGCCUCUUACUGUCCCUGUCAUAAUAUUACUCCUCAGCUCUAUCCAUCCAUGCUGAUCACUGCAUACUCUGAGGACAGCAGAGUGCCUUUGGCGGGUGUGUUAAAGUACGUGGAAAAACUCAAGAAGGCCAUCCAGACCCAUACCAGCAACCUCAGUAUUAAGGGACAUGUCCCAGCCAUUAUUCUGGAUCUUCAGCCAGGUGGAGAUCACUUUGGUCCAGAGGAUUAUGACCAGUCCAUGCGUGAGAUUGCUCGACAGUUAGCUUUCCUCUAUACAACGCUGGGACUGAGCGUCCAUGGAUCCAGAUAGAAAAAAAGAGGAAAUUAAUCAUGAGGAAGACUCUGAUAUUAUCCUGAACUGUGAGCUAAUAUAAUUGUGAAUAAAGUAUGUGAAUUAUUUUAACAAAUCCAUUUAUAGUA